AUGCACAGCACAAACGAUCCUGCAGACUGUGAGUGCUGGCUGUGGGCAAGGUUUCGUGGCCGGUGAGCGUGGCACCAAAGUGUUUAAAAACGAAAUGACUUUUAGCAAGAAACACUGAAAAUAUAAGCCAGAACUUCUCUGUACACACGUAGAAGGGGAUAUGUGGGAUAGGCCACGACAGACAGCCUUAGUACAGGUUGAGCAUCUCUAAUCUGAAAUCCAGAAUGCUCUGAAACCCAAAACUUUGAGCACUGACAUGAUGCCACAAGUGGAAAAUUCCAUAGGUAGUUAACGUAAACUUUGUUUCAUUCACAACAUUACUUAAAAUAUUUUAUUAAUAUAAAAUUGCUUUCAGGCCAUGUAUAUAAGGUGUAUGUGAAACACAAAUGCAUUUUGUGUUUAGAUUUGUGUCCCAUCCCCAAGAUAUCUUAUUAUGUAUAUGCAAAUAUUUAUUCUGAAAUCCAAAACACUUCUGGUCCCACGCACUUUGGAUGAGAGCUACUCAACCUGCAUUUUAUAAUUUCUGUAGAGCCAACCAGGUGAGGCAGCCGUUUAAAGUUCAUGGAUCAGCCCUGUGAACACCUGCCAAGCGAUGAGUUGUUACAAGGCCACAGAGUCAAUGCAUGUGUCGAUGUGGUGCUUUCAGGGGUGAAGCUCUUGCAGGCACUUGGCCUGAGUCCUGGGAAUGGGAAAGAUCACACCAUUCUGCAUUCAAGGAAUGAUCUGGAAGAAGCCUUCAUUCACUUCAUGGGAAAGGGAGCAGCUGCUGAGCGCUUCUUCAGUGAUAAGGAGACUUUUCAUGACAUUGCCCAGGUUGCAUCAGAAUUCCCAGGAGCCCAGCACUAUGUAGGAGGAAAUGCAGCUUUAAUUGGACAGAAAUUUGCAGCCAACUCAGAUUUAAAGGUUCUUCUUUGUGGUCCAGUGGGUCCAAAGCUGCAUGAACUUCUGGAUGACAAUGUAUUUGUUCCACCAGAGUCACUGCAGGAAGUGGAUGAGUUCCACCUUAUUCUAGAGUAUCAAGCAGGGGAGGAGUGGGGCCAGUUAAAAGCUCCCCAUGCCAACCGAUUCAUCUUCUCUCACGACCUCUCCAACGGGGCCAUGAAUAUGCUGGAGGUGUUUGUGUCUAGCCUGGAGGAGUUUCAGCCAGACCUGGUGGUCCUCUCUGGAUUGCACAUGAUGGAGGGACAAAGCAAGGAGCUCCAGAGGAAGAGACUCUUGGAGGUCGUAACCUCCAUUUCUGACAUCCCCACUGGCAUUCCAGUUCACCUAGAGCUGGCCAGCAUGACCAAUAGGGAGCUCAUGAGCAGCAUUGUGCAUCAGCAGGUCUUUCCUGCAGUGACCUCCCUUGGGCUGAAUGAACAGGAGCUGUUAUUUCUGACCCAGUCAGCAUCUGGACCUCACUCUUCUGUCUCUUCCUGGAAUGGCAUUCCUGAUGUGGGCAUGGUCAGUGACAUCCUCUUCUGGAUCUUGAACGAACACGGAAGGAGUAAAGGCGCAGCCUCGGACCUCACCAGGAUCCAUUUCCACACGCUGGCCUACCACAUUCUGGUAACUGUGGAUGGACACUGGGCCAACCAGCUGGCGGCCGUGGCUGCGGGGGCUCGUGUGGCUGGGACGCAGGCCUGUGCGAUGGAAACCAUAGAUGCCGGCCGAGUGUCUCUGAGGGCACCCCGAGAGUUCAUGACUUCCCAUUCGGAGGCAGGCUCCAGGAUCGUAUUAAACCCCAGUGAGCCAGUCGUAGAAUGGCACAGGGAGGGAAUAUCCUUCCACUUCACACCAGUCUUGGUGUGUAAAGACCCAAUUCGAACUGUGGGCCUUGGAGAUGCCAUUUCAGCUGAAGGACUUUUCUAUUCUGAAGUACACCCUCCCUAUUAGAAAGGUUAUGGUAGAUCAUUUUUCUAAGGAAGGAGAAGUAGCCAACUUAAGAAUUACAGAAGAAAGUGGUUUGGAAAAUAGGAUUGAGGGGUCAGAACUGUUUCUAGAUCUAGUUGGAAGACAGCCAAAGAAACAAAAGCAGAUUAAACUGUAUCAGAUACAUUCCAGCCUGUUGGCGAUUACAUAAAAGCAUUUCAGGUUUUAAUCAAAAUUUAGCUAAUGAGACUGGAUUUUUGUUUUCUAUGUCAUGUGUUGUCACAGUGCUAGAAACUCAAUUCUCAGAUCUCCAGUUUAUGCAGCGUCCAGUAUUUCAAGCCAGACUUCUUCACUUUGAGAGCAUGUCAGCUGGAGAGAGCACUUCCCGCCUCGGUCGCGUCAGAAGUGCACGCUCCCCCCCCACGCUCCUGGCCUCUAGUAAAGCCUGCGGGAGGGGCGGCAUCUCUCAGCUCACUGCCUGCUCACCUGCUCAUGGGCAGAGUCGUGAUUUUCAUUCAGUGUUACAAUGACAAUACGUAAUGAGCGUACCUUGUCAGUCUCCUCCCAGACUUAGGACAGAGCCACAAGUAAGGAAAGAACAAUCCUUCCUGUGCUUUAUGAGCACAGCAAGGGCUGGGAGCCUUGAGCAGCCUUUGAGGGAGCCAUUCACUCCGCAGUUGUUUGGAAGCCUGGGCAGCUUUGUGAGCUGAAGGACUGUGCCUUCCUGUCCUGGCUGUUUACACUGCGGGCUGGCUGGUGAAAAGCUGCUGUGGCCUGAGACGACUUCAUGGCCUAGCUCCGGAUGUGCUUUCUGCAAUAGAAGACUGACUUUGUUUAUUCUGAGCCUUCAAGGAGUUUGCUUUUACAACUGGAAUAUGCUUCUAUGUAUAUAACAUCAUAUAUGUUUUCUGUUUUCAUUGAUACAUCCAUUAAAGAGUUUGACCUCAUAAGAGCCCCAGGAUCAUGAAUAAAUUUGUCAUGUUAUAUAUUUAUUUUUUUAUAAAUCAAGAGUUCUGUGUGCUUUUAAAUAUAUUAAAAACAAUUUACAUUUCAGGAA